AUGUCACAUAUAACUUUAUUUGCUUGUUUUUCAGACGUGGACGAAUGUGCGACUGACAAUGGCGGCUGCGACCAGACCUGUGACAACUCUGUUGGGAGUUACAGUUGUUAUUGUGGUGUGGGCUAUCUCCUGAAUACUGACGGGGCCGGCUGUGACGAUAUCGAUGAAUGUAGCGCUACAAACGGUGGAUGUGAUCACAGCUGUACCAAUACCAUUGGAAGUUUUAGCUGCUCCUGUCCAGACGGUUUCAACCUGAACGUUGAUGGCUUUGUGUGUGACGACGUUGACGAGUGUGCAGAUUUAAAUGGCGGCUGUCAACAAAUCUGCACCAACUUCAUCGGUAACUUCAGCUGUUCCUGUCGUAUUGGGUACGUUUUGGAUCGCGACAACGCCGGCUGCAAUGAUGUGAACGAAUGUUGGAGACAAAAAGGUGGUUGUGAACAGAUCUGCCACAAUUCCCGGGGGAGCUUUUCCUGUGCCUGCAUAGCAGGAUAUCUCCUCGGUUCCGACGGUUUCUCAUGUACCGAUAUCGAUGAAUGUUCGUCUGAAAACGGCGGAUGUGAGCAUGUCUGCGUCAACACCGCCGGAUCCUACCACUGCACGUGUUCUGAUGGCUAUGCACUCACUCCGGACAGACGCAACUGUACAGACGUGGACGAGUGUAUAGAAUCCUAUAGCAUCUGCGGCUUUCAUGCAGUCUGCAACAACUCUGUCGGCUACUUCGAGUGUACCUGCAACCAAGGUUUUCUCAUGAUGUCAGGCGGCUGCCAGGGUAAGAAUAUCAUUUGUCCAGCUGGCAGUAUAGAUAGCUGA